UGACGGUUUCAAGGGGAAUCGCAUCACCUAUAUAAACAAACUCCGCUACACACCCGCUCUUCAUUCCUCCAUCCUCACCUGAUUUUAGACAUCAAACUUGUUCCCCCCACCCAAUCUCAUCUCCACUUUCUUUGUUAGUGUUAGAGACACCAGAGGCUACGUAGCUUGCACGAAGAUUUUUACAAAGCCAAAAAAAAAAAUGGUGAAGAUUUGCUGCAUUGGAGCUGGAUACGUCGGCGGUCCAACCAUGGCCGUCAUUGCACUAAAAUGCCCAUCCGUCGAAGUAGCCGUCGUCGACAUCUCCGUCCCGAGGAUCACCGCCUGGAACAGCGACCAGCUCCCCAUCUACGAGCCCGGCCUCGACGACGUCGUCAAACAGUGCCGCGGAAAGAACCUUUUCUUCAGCACCGACGUCGAGAAACACGUCAGAGAAGCCGACAUCGUCUUCGUCUCCGUCAACACCCCCACCAAGACACGCGGUCUCGGAGCUGGCAAAGCCGCGGACUUGACUUACUGGGAGAGCGCUGCUCGCAUGAUCGCCGACGUCUCGGUGUCAGACAAGAUCGUCGUGGAGAAAUCCACAGUCCCCGUUAAAACCGCGGAGGCCAUCGAGAAGAUCCUCACGCACAACAGCAAAGGGAUCAAGUUCCAGAUCCUCUCCAACCCUGAGUUCCUCGCCGAAGGAACAGCCAUCGAGGACCUCUUCAAACCGGACCGUGUCCUCAUCGGUGGUCGCGAGACUCCCGAAGGGUUCGCAGCUGUCAAAGCCUUGAAAGACGUUUACUCCCAGUGGGUCCCCGAGGAGAGGAUCCUCACCACCAAUCUCUGGUCGGCCGAGCUCUCCAAGCUCGCGGCUAACGCCUUCUUGGCUCAGAGGAUCUCGUCGGUUAACGCGAUGUCCGCUCUAUGCGAAGCGACGGGGGCCAAUGUAACAGAGGUCUCUUACGCCGUGGGUAAAGACUCUCGUAUCGGUCCCAAGUUCUUGAACUCGAGCGUAGGCUUCGGAGGGUCAUGUUUCCAGAAGGAUAUUCUCAACUUGGUGUACAUCUGCGAGUGCAACGGCUUGCCCGAAGUCGCGGAGUACUGGAAACAAGUGAUCAAGAUCAACGACUACCAGAAAACAAGAUUCGUCAACCGCAUCGUCUCCUCCAUGUUCAACACGGUCUCCAACAAAAAGAUCGCGGUCCUCGGUUUCGCCUUCAAGAAAGACACGGGGGACACGAGGGAGACCCCGGCCAUCGAUGUCUGCAAGGGUCUGAUAGGGGACAAGGCUCGCAUCAGCAUCUACGACCCGCAGGUCACGGAAGAGCAGAUCCAGAGAGACUUGACCAUGAACAAAUUCGACUGGGACCACCCGCUUCACCUCCAGCCGAUGAGCCCCAACACCACCGUGAAGCAAGUCUCGGUGGCUUGGGACGCGUACGCCGCGACCAAAGACGCGCACGGUAUCUGCAUUUUGACCGAGUGGGAAGAGUUCAAGAAACUGGACUACGAGAAGAUCUUUGAGAACAUGCAGAAACCGGCGUUUGUUUUUGAUGGGAGGAACGUGGUGGAUGCUGAGAAGCUGAGGAAGAUUGGGUUUAUUGUUUACUCUAUUGGUAAGCCGUUGGACCAGUGGCUCAAGGACAUGCCUGCUCUUGCCUAAAAAAAACCAAACAAGCAAACAAACCUUCUUCUUUUUAGCAUUUUGAUUUCAUGUUUUCCCCGAAUUAUCAUCAUAUACUUUGUCCUUUUUACUAUGUUUUGGAUCAAUAAUUGUCGUUUUUGUUUUUUUUAGUAUGAAAGUCCAAAAAAAGAUGUUUAGGUUUGUUUGUUUCUUUUUAGGUAACUAUGUACCUUUUGGAUUAUAUCAAAUAUUGUAAGCUUUUCAAGUGUUA